AUGGGGAUAAUAUCAGGAGCCACCAUUAUUACCUCUCUCUCCCUCUUCCACAUCACCCUCGCCUUUUUCUUCAUCACGAAUCCCGUUACCAUUGCUGAGCAGUCGCUGGUUUUCAUCAUGGGUGAAUCGAUGGGAAUGCCCUACGAACGUUCCUUCGACCAUCAAUCCGCACCCAUAUCAUUCCUCGGAAUAGUUUUUCUCUUCCUCGGCAUCACCGACCUCGUAUCUAUAUCCAUGCCUGAAGAAAUCACCCAAUACCACUGGGGAUCUCAAGCACCCAUCCGCUUUUCUCUCACCGCAGCCCUCGCCCUCUACUCCUGGCUCUUCUCCUCCACCUCCCCAAUGCUCACAUCCCGCGCCUCCUACCGCGCCGGAGGUUGGGGCGAGGGCCUCAAGAACCGCAUCGUAUUCACAUGGGCCUUUAUAGAAAUGAUGGCGUGGUUUUGGGUUUUUGUGACGUUGAGAGAGGAGAGACAGCAGAUUGCGAUUAAGCAUGCGAAGAGGAGGGCUGCUGAAGAAGAUAUGAUGUGA